UUGGACCUGAGAGAGCGGCCACGGUCAUAGAGUUUCUGCGAUAGCUUUUCGUGGACAUGGUUCAACACGUUGAACACGUGUUUGUAUUUUCGAGUUUAUCAUUCUUUUGAAAAGUUACUCGCGCGUGUGUUGGUAUAAUGAAUAAAAAACAAGAAGUGCACCGUCCAGGUGCUUUAAAACAAUUCAACAAAAGACAUAAAACCGGAAGACAUCGCAGCAAAGGCGCUAUUAAUAAUGAGUUAAAAGGUAAACAAAAUGUCAAAGUUUUAUCAAAACGUAACAAGAAACAACUGCAGAAGGAAGCACGUAGAAAUCAAUUGAUACAGAUCAGGAAAAAUAAACGUUCAGAAGUAUUAGACCAGAAAAGACAUCUUGGUGGUACAGCACCUUUUCUUAUCUGUAUUAUACCUUUGCAAGAAGACAUAGAUAUACAGAAUAUUGUGUCUCUUGUAACUAGUAUGAAUGAAGCUGCUGAGAUUGUUACCAGUUUAACUGGAGUUGUACAUAUAAAUGUGACAAAGCUGAAUCAAAAGUUUUCCAUUGUUGUACCACCAAUAGGAAAUACUUUUGCAACAUUAGAUGCAGCCAAAGUUGCUAGCACAAUACUAUUUAUAACUUCUGUCACAAGUCAGACAAAUUCUGUGGAAAAAGAAAUUGUGGAUGAUUGGGGCAAGGAAAUAAUCACAACUUGCCUUGCUCAAGGUUUACCUAGUACUAUAGUGGCGGUGCAUAAUAUUCAAAAACUUCAUAUUAAAAAACGUCAAGAGUAUAAACAGUCUGUACAACAUGCACUUUUGAAAUGGCUUCCCGAAGAAAAAGUAUUUGAAUUAGACACUGUAAAUGAUUGCUUGAAUGUGUUACGUCGUGCUGGCACACAGAAACAAAAACCUAUAUUUUACAGAGACAUAAGGCCACAUCUUUUGGCUGAUGAUAUUGCCUUUGAAAGUAAUGAAGAUACCUCAGAUUUUGGAACUUUUAUUGUUACUGGAUAUUUGCGAGGUACAACACCGUUAUCUGUUAAUGGUUUGGUUCAUGUACCAGGUAUCGGAAACUUUCAAAUGUCAAAAAUUGAGAUAUGCCCAUCUGGAUUAAAUGACAAAGUACAGUGGAUUAACUGUAAUACGGAAGUAUUACUGGCAAAUCCUGAAAAACAGGAAUCGCUCGAGAGCGAAUGUAUCCCCGAUCCAAUGGAUGCUGAACAAACAUGGCCGACAAAAGAAGAAUUGGCUGAAGCAGAGGCUAACGCAAAAAAAAAAAUUGUAAAAGUCGUUCCGAAAGGAACAUCUGAAUAUCAAGCUGCGUGGAUACCAGAUGAAGAAGGAGAAAGUUUAAGUGCGUGUUCGGACAAUGAAUUUGAUGACAAUCAUAUGAAUGUGGAUACGGAGACAAAAUCUGAAGUGGAUAGCGAUAAAGAUAUGGAAGAUGACGAAGAAUAUGAAACUAUUACGGUAUCAGAAGCACCGGAUCAAGAACGCUACGACCAAAAUAUCAAUACGCUCGAAGAAACACAAGCGAUGGAAAAGUUCAGAGAAGCAAAAAUGGAUAAGCAAUUUCCGGAUGAGGUGGACACACCUCAGGAUACACUUGCUAAGAUAAGAUUCCAAAAAUAUCGAGGUCUCGAAUCGUUUCGCACUAGUCCGUGGGAUCCGAAGGAAAAUCUUCCUAUUGAUUACGCUCGAAUAAUUGAGUUCGCGGAUUACGAUCGUAGGCGAAAACGUAUUUACAAGGAAUGCAAUGAGCGUAUCACUAAGAAGAAUGAAGAUGUUGAUGAAGAAGUUAUGCCAGGAGAGUAUGUAAAACUUCAUAUUGCUCAGUUUAGCAGGCAUGCGUUUAAAACGCUAGCUACUGUAGAAAAUUAUCCGCUGAUAGUAGUUGGUUUACUUCCGUAUGAACAGAAAAUGUCUCUUCUAAAUGUCGUGCUGAAACAUUCGAACAACUACACGCAGCCAAUUAAAUCGAAAGAAAGAUUGGUAUUUCAAUGCGGAUUUAGACGAUUCACGUCAUGUCCGAUAUUUAGUCAACAUACAAAUGGCAUAAAGCACAAAUAUGAGAGAUACUUUCAUCCUAACAGCACUGUCGUCGCUAGUAUGUACGCGCCAGUUACUUUUUCACCGUGCCCAGUUCUUUGUUACAUAGAAAGUAAAACUGGCAAGCUGGAACUAGUUGCGACGGGAAACGUGUUGUCUUGUAAUCCUAAUAGAAUUGUCUUAAAAAGAGUCGUUUUAAGUGGUCAUCCCUACAAGGUGAACAAGAGAUCUGUGGUUAUGCGCUUCAUGUUUUUCAAUCGUGAGGAUAUUGCGUGGUUUAAACCUGUCCAGUUAAGAACAAAAUAUGGACGUAAGGGUCAUAUAAAAGAGCCUCUUGGUACGCACGGACACGCGAAAUGCAUUUUCAACGGUCAGCUUAAAUCACAAGAUACAAUUUUAAUGAAUCUGUAUAAGCGCGUAUUUCCGAAGUGGACUUACGAAAUAUAUGAUUUAUUGAAAUUUCGUCAAUCCGAAGACAUGAUUGUAGAAUAAUCUUUAUAACAAUAAAGAGAUUACUUGAUAAAGUAUGUUAUAUUUUAAAUGUAUUUCUAGUUUAUAUUAAAAAACAUGUUGUACGGACAUUAACACAGUUUAUUAAAUAUUCUCUCUAAAUACAACUCACUUGA